AUGAGUGUUAUUCAAACAAGAAUUAAUGAAUGUGUAUAUGAACCAUCAAGAUUAUUACAAAUUUUUUUUUAUAGAAAACGAACACAUUUCAUUGAUCUUAAUAUUCAAGAAGAAUCGAAUUUGUUGAAUACGUUAAUGUAUAAUGUUUGUUCUCUUAAAUUAAUGUUAACUGAAUGUCAAUAUAAUGAAUAUUAUAAUAAAUUAAUAGAUGAACUUGAAACAAAUAUAUAUUAUUUAAAUUCAUAUCAAACAAGUUUAAUAUCAUAUUUUAUAUCAAGAAAAUCUUUAAGAAAACAUGAAUUUAAUUAUCGUUUAUUAAAUCUAUUAAAAUCAGUUGAAUUAGUUCGUUUAUUAUAUAAAAAUAUUCAUUCUCAUAAAAUAGAAAAUAUUCUUCAAUCAACAAAAAAACUUCAAUCAAAAGAUCAUCUUUCUCAUGCUUUUUUUAUUUUUCAAUUAUUUUAUAUUGUUAAAUUAUCAAAUGAAAUAACAAAAGAUAAAAAAAAAUGA